AUGGUUAGAAUUGUGCCGGAUGAUUAUUUUCCCACCGAGGGUGAUGAGAGACACACAGAGCCGUCAAAAGGAACUAUGUUGACAUCAAGCAACGUUAGAUCCCCGGUGUGGUUCUCCUCGGGCCUGUACACCCAUUUCAUUGAGUUUGGGGCUCCUAUGGAUGAGGCUAUCCGUGCCGCCAUCGACAACGUCACCUCCCUGGUGCUGGCUGAUAAGAUGGAGGAAGCAAUCCGUGUUGUUGAGGACGCCGGACUCUGCUUUGAUUUAGUCGCUGUCAAUGGGACGCUGUUGGCGAUGGGCGCCAACGUGUUGCUAAGCGUGCUUGCCAAGCCCAUGCAGCUUCUCUUUCUGGAAAUCGUGCAUGGGGGCAGGGCGGGUGACCUCAUGAUGGCGUUUCAACGCGCGUUGUUUGAAGGUGCCACCACUGCAGGCGCAAGUGGUGUACAAGAAAUAUGCCCUGACAGCACCGACAAGUCCCAGCCACUGAUGACUCGAUUCUGGGUUGGUCUUUUCUCUCUAGAUGCCGUGUGGAGUCACUACGCCGAAGUGACUAUGAUUUUGGUGUGUCUGGCGCUUUGCUUGUUGAUUUGGCUGGUGCGUCUCCAAUUCGCAAAGUACUUCAACAGUCUGGAACUGCAGCUGACUCAGCAAACCAAUGGAGCAGCCCGUUUCCAACGCUUCAACUCAACAAAUCUGCGGAGAGAGACUGCGACCGUUUUUCCUUUCACGAGAGAAGGAAAUUUGGAUGCGGACGCGUUGCUCCCGGCUAUACAUUACUUGGACGAGGGUGGGGAUGCCCCUCAUUUUAGUGAUAGUGGCAGCCCACCCCCACUUUCGGGUGCCAUGUAG